AUGGAAGUAACGAUGGUGCCCUCUCGAAGCUUCUGGCCAGGUUUGCUGUGGACAAAAUCUGAUUGCUCCACUGAGGAAAAUGCUCACAAAUCUAGUGAAGCAAAGAUGGUUAGCUGCCAUUCAUUAACGAGUGUAAGUACAGAGAACCCAUCAAGGAUUAGGUCUGCAAAACCUGAAUGGGACAAAUUACAAGCAAGAUUUAUAAAGAGUUUCAACAUGGAGAAAGAAGAAGAUGAGAUUAUUACUACCCCUACUCAUAUUGCUUCCUCUCUUUCUUUUCCUGCUUUUGGGUAUAGCAAGGUGACCAAAGAGGGAGAUAAGAUCUAUUCUUUUGGCUCAGAUAUUACAGGGAGUCCUGAUAACUUUGUUUGCCGGCAAAGAUACCUUAGGAGCUACGUUUUUACAAGGGAAGAAGAGAAUAAUAAAAGCAAUAAUGAUAACACUAAGGGUGGACUAGAGAAAAUUAAGAGGUGGUUCGAAGUGAAGAAGAAAGGGAAGGGCAAAGCUAAAGGAAGGCCAGAAAUUACCAAUCCUUGCUCUUGUUCUGAUACAUGCUUGAAGUUCUUGUUGCGCUACAUACCCAAAGCCGAUGUUCAAACUGAAGGACCAGUUGCUUAG